AUGGGCGGACUGCUUCAUGCUUUCCAAUUCGCAGUAUGGGCUUUGGUAACUGUUUUCAAAUUGAUUAUUGCCAUUUUCAAUACUGAUGCAUAUCUAGAAUUCUAUGGACAAUCUCAUCACGACGAUUUCUUAACGAGGGCUGUUAUUAUUACAAUUAUAAAAGCCGUAGUGCUGUUGAUAGGAGCAGCAUUUUUCUGGAGACUUGCAGUUUUCCACACGACGAGAAGGUACUUCGAAGCGAAAGCUGAUGGAACCGUGCCGCCUGCUGAAGAAGCUACAGGAAUGGAGAAGUUGAUGAGACCAAUCUAG